AUGACAGAAGAUUAAGUUUUAGACAUCAGUAUUAAAAUGAGUAAAGAUAAUAAAUAUAUAAAUUCAUAUACACUCUACAAAGAAGAAUAUCUGAUUGAUGAUUAUAAAUUUGCUUCUAAAGAAAUCUAUCUGAAUCGAAUGGAAAAUAAUCUUUAAACAGAUGAAGAAUUUACAACUACAGCCUUAAGUUUCGAACCAAAUUAAUUUUAUCAAGUUCAUCCAUUUUAUGUCUAUUAUGUGAGUAUCAAUCACUUUGCAUUAUUAAAUGAAUCAUUAUAUAGAUAAAUAUUUUCUCUUUUCGGUUGA